AUGGAAGGAAUCCUUCCACCACGGUCCGAACCCGGUACUCAUCCCUCCGGACUGCGUUCCAAAACCGUAUUACAGUGGUUGCUUCCCAAUAUAGGAAGUACAAAUUCCAAAUAUAUAAUAGUUAUUCUAUCGGUGCAACCUGUAUUGUCUCUGGUACAACAUUAUGAAUUUACCCUCGAGCAAACUCUUUCUAAAUUGACAAGAUUUUUUUAUCGAUUGGGAGCUGAUGCAGUAUUAGAUAUGAUAAUGGCUGAUGAUUUUGUUCUAUUGGACACCGUCAAAGAAUUUAUUGAGCGUUAUAAAGCUAGUAAGGAGGGCACGAAAAAUCAAUUACCAUUGCUGUCCUCUUUGUGUCUAGGUUGGGUGUGUUACGCUGAGAAAACUCAUGGAAAUUUUAUAUUGCCACAUAUAAGCGUUACAAAAUCACCUCAACAAAUUAUGGGGUCAUUAGUAAAGUACUACUUAGCUAAAAUUAUGGGUCUAGCAACAGAACAGAUAUAUCACGUAACUGUAAUGCCCUGCUAUGACAAACAGUUGGAAGUUUCCAAAGAUUUUUACAAUCAGCAGAGAAAAACGAGAGACGUAGAUUCUGUCAUAACGUCAAUUGAAUUGGAACAGAUGCUGAAUGAAGACGGUUAAUUAGUAUUAAAUAAAAUAAACGAAGGUGAAAUUAAACAACCAUUUCGUUCCUACAGUGAGGAAAUUGGAACUAAAUUAUGCAGUCAUAGUGGCUCAGGAUCAGAUGGUUACUCAGACUUCACUUUUUGUUACGCAGCGAAGAAUCUUUUCGAUGAAGAUGUCACAGUGGAUUUUAAAAGUCUUAGAAAUCUCUACUUCCAGGAAGCAGAAUUGAAGAGAAAUGACCAAGUGUUAUUAAAAUUUGCUAUUAUUAAUGGCUUCAGGAAUAUACAGAACAUAGUUCAAAAAAUGAAAAACGGCAAGUGCGUUUACGACCAUGUCGAAACAUGCCCGUGUAGUAAUUGUUUUAUUUAAAAUGUAUUAACACGAUGCAUGUAAUAAAUAAUUAAAUUUAAUAUAAUUACUUUUAUUGGGUUGCCUAAACGGCGAGGCGCAAGUGAGACCCGAUGGAAACAUUCAACCCCAAGAACUUGCAUUGGCAUUGGAAAAUAUGUAUCGUAAACUCCCGCUAAGUAAAUCUCUGAAGAAAAUACAGUUGUACAGAAUUUGUACAAAACUUGGUUAGAAGAACGUACAAAGUUUACGCGUAUUUUAAUACACGAUAUUACGAAAUAUAAAAAAUGAACACAGCACUCGCAAUAAAGUGGUGAUGUAAACUAUGUUAUAUAUAUCAUUACUUGUAUAAUCUAUAUUUUUUUGUACAGUAAGUUCAUUGGCUGAUUGACUCUAUUUUUGCAAUAUAACAAAAAUAAAUAAAUUACUAAUUAAUUAUUUGACGCCCACUUAAAGCCAUGACUUAAAAUAUAUACCAGCAUGUUAUAUAAAUAAAUUUUAUGUUCUUA